AUGAAUCACCAAUUAGACAAAAAAUUACAACAAGGCAAUGCUAUCGAUAGCAUUACACUAGGGGGUGUAAGUGUUGGAGAGGUGACCGAGUUAUGUGGGGAGAAUGCAACAGGUAAAACACAACUUGUCCUGCAAGCUAGUAUAGCGUGUCAGUUACGUCCGUCCUUGGGUGGAAUGCAUAUCCGUGUAAUUGUUGUUGACUCGAUUGCUAGUAUAUGUACUAGCCAUUUUGAGAACAUCGUGGACGGUUUAGAGUCACGUUCUCAACUUUUACGGGCCAUCGGUUACGGGUUACAGUCAAUUGCCGCUACAUAUAAUGUUGCGGUUAUUGUUGUCAAUAAUGUUGUAGACGUGUUUCCAAGUGAUCGUGAUUCGUCUACACAUUUCAUGAUGUCAUCUGGAAGGAAGGUUCGACCAACAUUGGGGAUGGGAUGGGCUAGGAAUAUAGAAACUAGGUUAUUUUUUACCAAGACACUGAAUCCCAGUACCCAAAUGUUUGGCAGAUUGUGUAGUAUUUUGUUAUCGACUACACUAGAGUUAAAUGCUUGUAGGUUUAAAAUAACCGAGCAGGGGGUUCCUGAUGCAUAA